AUGUCGCUCCUUGGAAAGUUCUGGGCUCUUGCCGCUGUUGUGGCGCAAGCUGCGGCCUUGCCCACUGCUCUGAAGUCUCGUGAUAUCGAUUCCGGUCUCCUGAGCUCGCUGUCUUUGUUCGAGCAGUACGCUGCUGCUGCUUACUGCUCCAACAACCACCAGGCUGGCUCGACCGGUGAUAUCUCCUGCUCCGUGGGCAACUGCAACGAUGUUCAAUCCGCAGGUGCUACUGCUGUCUAUGAAUUUGACCAGGCGAACGACUAUGGCGACGCAACGGGUUUCAUCGCCACAGAUGCGACUAACAAGCUGGUCGUGCUCUCUUUCCGAGGAAGCAGUGAUAUCCAGAAUUGGGAAGCCAACCUCAACUUUGCCUUGACUGACGUUGAUCUGUGCGAUGGCUGCCAGGCCCAUACCGGCUUUUGGGCUUCCUGGGGAACUGUCUCUGACGAGAUCACCUCCCAGAUUGACGCUGCUAUGAGUGCUAAUUCGGGCUACGGCCUCGUGGUCACCGGCCACAGUCUUGGUGGAGCUCUUGCAGCGCUGGCGGGCACUGCCCUCCGUAACUCGGGCCAUACUCUUGACCUGUAUACCUACGGUCAGCCGCGAGUCGGAAACGAGGCUCUGGCUCAGUACAUGACUAACCAGGGGAGCUUGUACCGUGUCACUCACACCAACGACAUCGUCCCUUCUGUGCCUCCCGAGUCUUUCGGGUUCUCGCACGCAAGCCCCGAGUACUGGAUUACCAACGGCGAUUUGAGCCCCGUGGGCACUUCUGAUGUCCAGGAGAUCGACGGCAUCGAUGCUACGGGUGGUAAUGCUGGAGAGUCCAGCUAUCUGAUUGACCCCCACCUAUGGUACUUCAACGCCGUCACUGCCUGUCUUUUAUAG